CAAAUUCCCCAAGCACUGCUUCUGAGUCAAAGCUGUAUCCAACCAAAUCCAUCUCAAUCCAGAUCCCACCGGCGGUGCCUCCGCCGGCCAGAGAAUGGGCACGCCGCUGACGGCGAUCCCGGACCACAUCCAGGAGGAGAUCUUCCUCCGCUUGCCUACCGCGGCCGACCUCGCCCGUGCCUCCGGCGCCUGCGUCUCCCUCCGCCGGCUCGCCACCGGCCGGUCCUUCCUCCGCCGCUUCCGCUGCCUCCACGCCCCGCCGCUCCUCGGCUUCCUCCAGCGCGACCACUUCUUCCCGGUCCUACCACCUCACCCCUCCGCGCCCGCCGCCCGCGCCCUCGCUCUCGCCGCCGACUUCUCCUUCUCGUUCCUCCCCUCCCACUGCCGCUGGAUCGUGCAGGACGUCCGCGACGGCCGCGUCCUCCUCGGUCGCAGGUUUGAAAAGGACGACCCGUCUCCGGUCUUCCGGGAGCUCGCGGUGUGCGACCCCUUGCACCGGCGGCACGUCCUGCUUCCCCCAGUUCCUGACGACCUGGCCCAUUGGGUGGUGGAGCACCAGGUCUACAACCCUUUCAAACCUUUCCUCCUCCCCCUCGCCGAGGAGGAGACGGAAGAGACAGCAUUCAGAAUCAUCUGGAUGGCGCAUUGCAGAACUAAGCUGGCCGCGUUUGUCUUCUCUUCGAGCACCGGAAAAUGGCAAGCCACCAAGGGCGGGCCGACUGGUUUGGUCCUUGACAGGGGCGACUCGGCCAUAAUGUCACGGAUCCACCCUCAUUUUCUCAUGCGCCAUUACGCCUAUGGCUGCUUCUACUGGGACUGGCUGGUGACCGGGAGUAAAAAGUUGCUCAUGCUUGACACCAGGAGGAUGGAGUUCUCCUUUGCCGACCUCCCGCCCGGAGAAUGGAGUAAACAUGUAGCCAUUGUGGAGGCAGGGGAAGGCAGGCCUGGGAUUUUUGGGUUCCAUGGUGAAAUUGCAUCUGAUCUCAGCUAUGCCAUUGCGCAAAAGGCAGGCGAGAGUCCGAGCCAGUGGCAAAUGUUGAAGACAAUCUCACUAGACCCUGGAUACAUAUAUUCUAUUGAUGCUGCUACGGGAAGGUAUUUGCUGUUGGUUAGGACGGCGGCCUCUUCUGUAGACAAUUUGGUAGAGAAUUCACUCAUCGAAUAUUUCUCAAUGGACGCCAAGAUGUUGCAGCUUCAGAGGGUUUGUGCCAAACAAUGCUCGCUUAUGUAUAAUGGGACACACAUAUAUGCCGACUUCCCACCAUCAUUGUUGUCUUCAUGGGCAAUAUAAGUGAUUCAGUGGAGAUGUUAUCAGAUCAUCUUUCUGAGUUCAAAGCGACUGAGGUAUCGAUAGCGUAGAGUUCUCAUUGAUGUGAUCAUAUUUCUGACAAGAUGGCACCUGAAAAUCUACAUGAUUUCAGUUGGCUGUGGUCAUGUAUAUGUUGUCCUUGUUUUCAUGCCACUUCUAGAUUCGGUUACUGCAACAUCUAUGUGGGUGCUCUAUGCCUAAAAAUGUGACAGUGAAAUUAAAAUGUUCAGUCAAUCAACAACUGUGGUAGAGGUAGCUGAUGUACACUUGCAAGUCGGGUGCUUUCCCCAACUAUGAGAGACUCUGAAAGCAUUCCUGUCUGUCGGUGGUUUCAGGUGAUUGUGCUUUAGCAAUUCUGUAAGAUGAAUUUUGUGUUUAUUUUCUCUCUGUGACUUACUUUUGUACUGGGAUGGAUGGCAGAUAGCACCUAGUGUGUUGGUUCACGCUACCAAUACACCCACUUUCUUUCCUUUCGUCGGUUCAAUUUGUUAUACUUCUAUGUGCCUAGGUACUAUAUGAACACCUGCAACAUCAAUAUACCAAUUCUGCGCGA